CGCGAGCGGGGAGGUGGCGGCGGCUGUGGCGGCCCGGUGAAAGGUCGGUGCGCGCUGUAGGUGCCCGGUGGAGUUCACGCGGCGGCAGACAGGAGUUCGCGCGAGUUCCGGGUGGAGUUCGCGCGGUGGCUGACCGGAGUUCGCGCAGCGGCGGACCGGAGUUCGCGCGGCGGCGGACCGGAGCCCGGUGAGCGUGCGGUUCGUGAGAGCCGCCGGCGGCGGCAGCAGGCGCGAUGCCGGCCGACGCGCCCGAGCCGGACCUGCAGGAUACCUACGACUACAUUUUUAAAGUGGUGCUGGCUGGCGACUCCGGCGUGGGCAAGAGCAACCUGUUCACGCGCUUCACGAGAAACACGUUCCAAAUGCAGACCCUGCCGACCAUCGGCCUUGACUUCGACGCCAAGAACAUGGUGAUCGACUCGAGGACGGUGCGAGCUCAGAUCUGGGACACCGCCGGCCAGGAGCGCUUCAAGGCGCUCGCCUCCACAUACUACCGCGGCGCGCUGGGAGCGCUGCUGGUCUAUGACGUCACAGAGCGCGAGACUUUCUACAGCCUGGAGAGGCUCUGGCUGCGCGAGCUGCGGCUGCACGCCGGCGAGGACAUGACCGUGAUUCUCGUGGGUAACAAGGCCGACCUGCGCCACCUGAGGACCGUGAGCUGUGAGGAGGGGCGCGCCCUGGCCGAGCGGCACGGACUCAGCUUCGUCGAAACCUCCGCGCUCGACUCCACCAAUGUGGACGCCGCCUUCGAGAACAUCAUCACAGAGAUCUACCGGCGGGUGAGUCGACGGCCCAUCACGGACCUGCACACGGACUGCAUGCUGCUGACCUCUGGCUCGCGGCCGGUCAGCGUACCGCCGCGGCCGCCCUCGGGCCCGGAGCCGGACGAGGCCGUCCACAUCCGCAAGUGCUGCCAGCUGUGAGAGCUGCCGGCGUGCUCCGGCAGCGGGACACAGUGGCCGAGCUGGCGGCUGCUGAGCGCGCGCGGAGGCGGGCCCGCCCGGCGGCGACGCGACCGUGUCGCGUUCGUCGCCCCUGCCCGCUGGUGUGUGCGGGCCUGCCAUACGUGAUAACUCGAAUGUGUGCGUGUGUGCAUGCAGGGGCGCGCUGGACACUUGCAAUGUUGAUAUUUUCCGUGUGUCGUGCCCGCCCGUGAGUAGACAGCACCACGUGUAAUUCUUAGUCAUACAGAGCUUUGCGUUCAUGCCACUCACGCUCGCUUUGCGAUUUUGUAGAAACCCACGCGCGGUAGUUUAAUACAUAAUUAUCGCAACAUUUCUGAUAUUCUCAGCACUGAAGUGUCAUUUCAUUUCAACGACCCUCAGCUCCCUGUCGAUUUCCAUCAUAUUCGCUUAACCAAUGCCCCUCGCUCCAGACACGGCUCUGCCCCAAACUGAUGCCAUCGGGCCUUUUUAGCGAAAGCCGCCGCUAGGUCCGAUACAACCGCUCGGAGUCAUGUUAUAUUACGGCCCACUCGGACGUUGCGACGAGGUCAGUUCAACAAACGUCCGUCAACAAAAUCUUCACGCAUUUUGCGACACCUUCGCUCGCAGGGAGAACGUUCGCACAUAGCGUAAUCAUACUCUCAAUGGAAUAAUGAAACUUUGACCUUUGAUCAAACUAAACAGUUCAUUAAACCACUCACAGCACGUUGA